CAAGUGACGACUGCAAAACCAGAACCUCCUAAAGCCCUGGGUCCAUCCAGCAGCAGGGAAGGUGGAAAAGAAUUCUCCUUUUCCUUUACCUGCUCUGAAAAUUUCCCAACAACCAACUGGGAGCAACCCAGCACAGAGAUCUGGGCACACCAGUGCCACCAGAUGCAGCUGUAAGGAAGUUUUUGGGGUGUUUUUUUUUUUCCUGAAACUGGAAAGCUCUUCAGAGGAAGAUGGAGAACCCACUUCUGUUGCUCCCUCAGCUGAACAUCUCUGCUUCAAAGGAGAAAUCCUACUACAAAGUGAUGAAAUCCACACUGAAGGAAGAGCCCCACAAAGCCAGCAAACCUGGAGCCAAACAGAAGAGGAACAGGCUGAGCCUCCUUCUGCAGAAACCUGACUUCCAGGCAGGUGAUCAUCUUGGGAAAGCUGGAAAUCUGAGAAAAGCAGCAAGCAGUGUGUCUCCUGAAGAAGCAGUGAAAUGGGGAGAAUCUUUUGACAUCCUGCUUUCUGAGAAAGCUGGGUUGGAUGCCUUUACCAAGUUCCUGAAAUCUGAGUUCAGUGAGGAGAACAUCGAGUUCUGGGUUGCCUGUGAGGACUACAAGAAAAGCAAAACUCCACAUGAAUUUUUGCCAAAAGCCAAGGCCAUUUAUGAGACAUUCAUACAGAAGGAUGCUCCUAAAGAGGUGAACUUGGACUUUCCAACCAAAGAGGUGACAAGUCAGAAUAUUGCCCAGCCUCUCAUCACCACCUUUGAUGCAGCCCAAACCACAGUCUACAGGCUGAUGGAGCAGGACAGCUACCCACGGUUCCUGAAAUCUGACACCUACUUAAAUCUGGUGAAAGGGAGAAACCCCAACCCUCCCACCCUCAGGAGAAGAUCCCGUUCUUUCACUGUCAAUGAUUUCCAGGGUGUAAAACCUGAUUUUACUGCUUGGUAACAGGGAAACUCAGCCCUCCUCCAUCCUUGCUAUUGCAGCAACUUCUGUGUGGUUUAAAAUCCAAGUCCUUGGUGGGUUUAAAUGAGGGGAAAGCAAAGUUAGAUGCAUUUACACCGGGUCAGAACUCUGUAGCCAGUGAUUAAUUUCAUUUAUUAUAGAGAAACAGGCAACACAUUGACAAGAUGUAACCCAGUGUUCAUGCAGUAUUAUUAUUUUAAACUUAAGCAAGAGCCAUAAUUCUCCAAAGAUUUGAGAUUCCUGCAUAAAAAUGUGUAAAAAGCCAUUUUUACACCAAGCAUCCUGGGGCUGGAUUAUUUAGGACAGAGCUGUAUCACGGUUAGAAUCCACACACCUGGGCUUUGCACUUUUCUAGAUUCCUGCAAUAUUUCCUACAGGAAGAUUUCCCAAUAUUUACAAUAUUUCCUACCCUUCUACAGAGUAUUUGAGGUAUUUUCUCAGACUGCAAAUCACACAGGAACAUUAUUAGGUGUAGUGUAAAAUUGCACAGCAGCCACUGCACAAUUAAAAUGUAGCUACUGCCUAUUUUAAGGAACACAAGAACACCUAUUUAAUUUUUAGGGUAUAUUUUUGUACUGUUUUCUUACUGCAUGUGUGUUUUCUCUGUAUUUAAGCUAUGCUGUAUAUAUGAGCUCUGCCUUCAAAUACUUGUAUUCUCAUUUUUUUGCAGCAAAAGAGGGCCAAGGAUAGUAUUUUAACACCAUGUGUGUCAUUAAAUAUCAGGUCAUGAGCAUUUAUGUGUAUAUAUAUAUAUAUAUAUAAUAUUUCCAUUUUAAUUUGUAGACAUUCAUGCCAUAUCAACUUUGUUACUACACUUUCUUCUGAAUAUUUCCUACCUUUUCUUUUGAAAAAGCAUCUGAAAAUUACCAGGUUUUGGGCUCAGGGAGAAUUAACCUUCAGUUCUACUUUUCAUUAAUAUACUCUCCAUGUUUCUAGAGGAGGAAAGAAAAAUCUCCCUUUUUAUUUCUUUACCCCUGAAGUCACACAUUCCCUUUAGCCAGCACAUGCAGUUAUCCUCUCCUUUUCUUUCUGAAUUGGGGCAGACUUAAACCAGGGGACAGUUCUUAAAAUGCUGCAGGAUUUAUUUGUCACUAGGACUUGAUAUUCAGUUGCUUUGCAUGGAAUUUAUGUUUUCUCCUUUUCUUCCCUUAGUCCAAGUGAAGAGGGUGGGACAUCAUAUUCCCUGGUAAAUCAGAGCAUUUCUAAACAGCUUUAGCUGAAGGUGUCCAAUUUUUAAUAAAUCUGAAGUGAUCUACUUAUAAAAUUGUCAGGAUUCCAUUUAUCAAUAGUACAUUGAUGAGUGAAUAUUCACACUUCACU